UUGCGCGCGCGAGAGCUGUACGCCUCCGCACGCAGUCGUCGUCGGCGGCGGCGGAAGCCGAGAGGCGCGUACAGCAGUCGGCAGCCGCCUUUUCUGCUACGCGCCCGCGCCCCACGACCAACCACGACGACGAAGACGACUACGACGAGCGUCGCGGCGAGGCGGAGCACCUGUUGCCGCCGCGCGGUUCACCCGAUAUAGAGUCGACCACCCUCGAUCAUCAAGUGCAAUCCGGAAGGUUCCAGCCUCCGGUGUUUCUAGAUCGCCGUACUCCUACAGCUGUGGACUUCUUGAACUCCCCGGACCGUCGAUUCACUCGCGAGAACAGCGGCAUCUGAAUCGGCUUCGGCGUGGUGUAACAGACCCCACCCGCACCACUUGAAGAAGCCUGUGGGGCUCCUACAGACCACUCCGGGCAGUUCAUCUUACGAUCUCCGAGCAACCCUUCCAGGUUUAGCUUCAGAAGCGUUCUUCGAAUAAGGGCUCGGCGAAGUUCUGUGUGAUCGUGCUCACUGUGCGGACCACCCACCGAUUUUUACGUGCCAGUUGGUGAAGUGACGUGCGACUGACGGCGAGGCUCGUCUUUUCUGGGAUUGAUUACUCAACGCCAAGCUCUUCUUAGGCCCCGCGAGUAACAGCUGUCCGGGGACGGUGCAUGAGGCUCAAUCCUGCCUCGUAGACCGCGCUAGAGGCAGCUUCUAAAGGAGGACCACCAGGGGUAUACUCAGCGAGCGUCGCAUAGCUUCGUCGCCAGAAGGGGCGACGAUGCCUUCUGACGGCAGCAGCGCCGGCAGCGGCGUUCGCCGGGUCCGGUCACCGGAGGCCGGAUCCGGAAACCGCGUCGUCACGCGCAGGUUCAUCUCCAGUCCCGCACCGCUCGCCGACACCGACGUUAUAUCGAACACAAAGCGAGAGGAAUGGACCACGUCCAAGAAAGUCGUCAACCACAAGACCCGCCAGACCGAGACGAGGGUGCAGCGUCAGCUCGUCCUGGAAGACGGCAAGGUCAUCGCCGACACGGGGCCCCAGAUCACCACCAGAACCACCGAGGACAACAAGGUCGAGGAGUCGGAAGACACCCAGCACAAGAAGACGGGUGACGAGGACGUCCCCGACGGCUACGUGCCGGUUCCGGGUUCCGAGCGCGUGGUGUGCGAGAAGACCGAGUCGCACCAGGUCACCAAGGAGACCAAGGAGGAGAACAUGAAGAUGCACGACGAAAACUUCAAGGAACUGCGAGGACCGGAGGAGAUCCACCGACUGGCCGUGAUGGUGCCGGACGAGUCGCCAUUGGUGGGCAUCCGGCCGGACCGGUUCCCGGGCAAGCUGACGCACUACAGCAGCCGCUCUCGCAAGGUCACCGACAAGGACGAAGUGAAAGAGAUCUCCGAGGAACGCAAUGGAGAGGUCACCAAGCAGACCACCAGGACACAUCACCACGAGGAGAAGGACGACGACGAAGUCCCAGAAGACGAGGCAGAAGGAAAAGACCUUCCAGCCGUCGAGAGAGAGACAAAACGAAACUUCGAAUACCUGCACGACGGAGCGGAGAUCAAGGUUCCCGACCGAAUGCGCAAACAGAAAGACCUCCUGUACCUCCAGGCGACGUCUCCCGAACGACAUGACCCGGUCACGCGGCGGGCGUUGAGCCUUGAAGAGGAGGAGGAGAUACGAAACAGCGAGACGAAUCGCUGGCUGGACAACCACUUCGGCUCGGAGACUUCGGACGACGAUGUCGUGAAAAGCAAGCACGGCGGUAACGUAAUCAACGUAAAGAUGACCGACACCAAGAGGACGCCAACGCCUCCGACCAAGCCACCCAGGGAGUCACCCAACCUCAUCUACACGACGCCGUACUUCAAGUCUACCACCCCGUCGCCUACCCCGCUCGACUCGACACUCAGGAGCACCAAGUCGCAACAGAAGACCACUUCCUAUCGCCGCGAAGAAAAGGUCGACGACUCGAGACAGUCUCGCUCAAGCCCGCGCUCGAAUUGGAAAUCCAGCCCGUCCAUAUACCACGACGUGACGCGUCACCUGGACGAGUCACCAACGCGGUACACCAAGGAGGACCGCUCGUACCGGGAUCUCGAGAGCAGUUACAGACCCGUUGAGAAAUCGACCAUCGUCGGGAACAGCGUCUUCACCAGGGAGGACAGAAGGCUCAACGAAAGCCGGCGAGUCACGAGUGAAUACGACAGAGACGUCAAGAAACAACCACCUCCAGAAAGGCCGAGGUCGCCCGAAUCACGACCCGUACAGAGGUCGCAGUCGACGAGGACGCCCGAGAAGCCAGUUGCUCAAACGCCCACCUACACGUACAGUCUUCCAGCGAGGUUCAACCAGUCGCCGCGCAACGCGCGUGGACCAGGCGUCCAAGACCAGCCGCGGGGUACAGGCAGACCUGGAUCGAGCCUUACACUCCUCCCAGCUCGCGCUACGUCGUGCACAGCGUGCGGGAAACUCAAAGCUUGCCCCGCCAUCAUCACCACCACCACCGACACCAUCACCACCACUCUUCCUCCUCCCACCACCGACAUCCGAAGCGAGGAGACCGAACACCACCGUCGAAGCGGCGACCGAAACCGCAGCCCCGAGUCCAACAUAUCUACGGCGUCGAGGCCUUCCAAGACCUUCUACUUCGGCGACAAGACGGACACCAGCUACCACAACAGCCGCCACAAGGACGGCUACUUCACCAUCGAGAAGGACCGCUACGUGCAGCCUCCCCGGCGGUUCAGGUCGGACCCACGCGAGCGUUACUACUCCGUCGAAGACCUCACGACCCGGAUCGUACGCCACGACGGCGCCGACGUCUUCGCCCAAGAAGCCAAGCUUCAUCGACCGGCAGCGCUACUUCCCGGCAACUCCGCCGGCGAGCCCACCGCCGAGGCUCAUAAAGAUCACCAACGGCCGCUCUACGUCGCCGUCCCCUCCCGAGUCGCCGAGGCCAACAUCGACGAGUCACCUCCUGCCUCCUCCGUCGCCUUACGCGUCGCUCAACCGCCGCUACCGGAGCCCGUCGCCCGUAGCGAACCCUCCGGCAGUUCACGCCCCUCCAGAGUCCAGUCGAGGUCAAGAGGCAGCAGUCUACGAGCUCUUACAGCCGGUCCUACCACCACAGGUCGGCCACGGCGGAUUCGACCGGCUCCAAGCCCGGUCCGAGUGUGAUCGAAGUCAGAAAUUGGGACAGCCGAUGAAGCCGUCGCUUCUUCCGCGAUGUUGUCCUCGACGCCCCGGGUGUUCACCAGAUGACGGAGCCGAAACGUCUUUGAGUCCCGCUUCACGUGGGCUUGGCGAUGAGGAGGGCCACCGCGCGAUUUCGCCUUGGUUACCAUACUUAUUGCAUCUAAAAUCCUUAUACGGGACUUCCUCACGCGAGCUCGCCUAGGAAAGCAUGGAAUCGAAUGGAACCACGAUGGCACGAGCUUUGUUCGUAAAGGUUAGCUUGUUAGAAACUAUAGCAGUCUUGCUGUAACUGGUCACCGAGAAGCGACGGGUUGUUUGAACAUCUCUUAACAAGUUAUGGUUUGUAGGCAUGGAUGCAUGUUGGCUAGUGAAGACGACUUCGAACCCAGGACGUGAUAGUUGUGUUAGCUUUUUUCCUGCAUUUAGUUAUAGAAUAGGUUUUGGAACUAAGUCGAAAAGGGUGCUUUACAUACAUCGCCGUUUCGCUAUAGAGUGGUAUCAGUGACGCUUAGCGAUGUCGUGGCGUUCGAACAGUCGACAAUCGAAACGACCACGCGUUUUCACUAAAGGUGGAUUAUUGUAAUUACAACCUAUUGAAGCGCCUCAAAUUUAUAGAAAGUGGAGGCACGUAUACGUGUUUUAAAAGCUAGUAAUUGCACUCCGUUAAGAUCAGCGUACAGCCUCUAAUGGUUUCCAUCGAAAGACUUACCACUAACAGAAGCAUCAGUUAUUUAGCUCUGUUAACAUAUGAACGUUGUGUGUGUUGUUUAUUAAAGCGCUUGUUUAAACAACAACAAAAAAUUGCUUCACAAGGAUUACAAAGUUUAUCUAAAAAGCACUAGCUUCGCAUUUAAAGAUGAACUGAUUCGUAAUAAAAAAAAAAUUCAGCAGUGCCUAUAUAUACAUAUGUAUACAUAUAUAGAAAGGAGAGGAAAAUAUAUUGCAGGCAUUAGCUAGAAAUAUUUGUGAUUUGUGGUUGCACUUUCCUACGAUAUAUUACGUUGCCGUUCACGCAACCUAAAGAGACGCCACUCUUUCAUUGUUCCAUAACCAUUUGCUCAAGGACAAAAGGGGUUGUGCCAAGAAUUAGUUUGUUCCUUUUUUCACUCGCUAAGCUAUUGGUUUUAAUUAACAUUUGGUUCCACAUGAGGCCGAUAAGGAAAGACCCGAAGUGCCAUUGACAACAGUUACUUCGUUCCCGUGUAUGAAUAUCGCGAAGGAUGACUGUCAUCACGCUAAAUAACCUGAUUCUAGUAUAACGUGUGAAUUUCUAUUGCUGUUUUUGUUGUUGUUUCUUAGAGCUUAUACUUACAUAGGUGCGUGCAAAGAACAGCCAAGAUUCGUUUCGAUGUAUUGGCAGCCGAUGGCAGAGUCGUUGACAUCGCAUUGCAAUAGCGCCGCCACUUGUUAGUGUACAUAAGUAAAAAUAAAUAACGGUUUGUACAACUAGACGUGUGAAUGCUUCAGUCACAGCGUUAAAGCCAUGAAACGCGAUUUUACAAUAAAAAAGCAGCUACAACUA